AAAUUACCACAGCCAUCAGUUUUUUUAAUUUCAACUUAACAAAAACUUUGCGCUCUGCAACUGUCAUCAACACAUAAACCCUAGUUCUAUAUCUCUGUAUUCUGCAUAUACAUAUAUAAACCCUAGUUUUGUAUCUAUAGGGCAGCAAGCAUAAUAGCUCUAAUAACUCAAUUCAUCUGUAAAAUCCCCACCAAAAUGGCCUCUGCAUCAUCUUCACUCGUGCUUUUUGCAGCUGAUUCUUCUUCAUCAGCAAGGCUUACUUCAUUCAACACCAAUAACAAGCUCCCAAACGGCGUCGUUCAGUUCAAGCGCCUUAUCUCACCUCAGUUUGGACUUCAGAAGCCUAAAACAAUCAUGACCCAUGUGUCUAAUCCGUUAUCUUAUUGUGUUGCUUCUAUGGCUACUGAGGCUUCUGCUAAGGUUAUUGAUGGGAAAUCAGUUGCAAAAGAUAUUCAAAAUGAAAUAACUGCUGAAAUAUCCAGAAUGAAGAGUGAAAUUGGUGUCGUGCCAGGUUUAGCUGUUAUACUGGUUGGUGAUAGGAAAGAUUCUGCAACAUAUGUACGCAACAAGAAAAAAUCCUGUGAAUCAGUAGGAAUCAAAUCGUAUGAAGUGUGUUUGCCACAGGACUGCAGAGAAGAAGAAGUACUCGAACAUAUUUCAAGCUUUAAUAAUGAUCCUGCCGUUCAUGGCAUACUUGUUCAGCUGCCUCUGCCAUCUCAUAUGAAUGAGCAGAGCAUCUUAAAUGCUGUAUGCAUCGAGAAGGAUGUUGAUGGAUUCCACCCUCUGAACAUUGGUCGCCUUGCAAUGCGGGGUAGAGAACCAUUAUUUGUUCCAUGCACACCAAAAGGUUGCAUUGAGUUGCUGCAUAGAUACAAUGUUGAUAUCAAAGGAAAAAAUGCUGUUGUUAUUGGCAGGAGCAACAUUGUUGGAAUGCCUGCUGCUCUUUUGUUGCAGAGAGAAGAUGCUACAGUUAGUAUUGUUCACUCCAAAACCAAGAAUCCCCAGGAGAUCACUAAACAAGCAGACAUAAUAAUUGCUGCCGUGGGGCAACCAAACAUGGUCAGAGGUAGCUGGAUAAAGCCUGGAGCAGUUCUAAUUGACGUUGGAAUAAAUCCGGUUGAGGACUCUACACGCCCUCGAGGCUACAGACUGGUUGGUGACAUCUGUUAUGAGGAGGCAUGUAAGAUUGCUUCAGCUAUAACACCAGUUCCUGGAGGUGUUGGGCCAAUGACAAUCGCAAUGCUUCUCUCAAAUACCCUGACCUCUGCAAAGAGAAUUCAUAACUUCAGUUAAAUUGUUCUGCCUAUUUUUUCAUCAUUUUUUUUUUGCUUCCUUGGUAAGCUAGUUUGAACAUUUACUGGGCUUUCUUUGGGUCAAAACCUUUUCAAGCCUUAUGUCGCAAUAGCUAUCCAAUAUAUUGACAAUAGUCCAAUAAUGAUCUUUUAGUAUAGGUGUAAACUAGCUGAAGUGAGGUAUGCGUACCAAAAAGAGAGGUUAAGGAAUCUUUUUGAAGGGGAGUAUAACUCUAAUAUGUAAUGAGCUUUACUUUUCUUUGCAAGUGGCCCAAGUUUCAGCAAUGAAGCUUUACUAUUGGACAAGGAAGUGUAAUCCUGAGAAACGAAAAGUAGGAUUGGGACUCCUAAGAAAAUAAAAAAGCAGAGCCAAGAGUAAUAAACAUCGAAAGGUACAAGCAUCAAGGCCAGAAGUGCAUAUUGAGGUUGAUUAUCUUUUGUGAUGUUUUUUUAUUGUAAGCAGCUACUGUUUGUUUAGUAAAUUACCUAUAUAUCAAAAUGAUGUCUUGACGGGAAUUAUAUUUUGUAUUCUGGACCUUGACUUCAAUUUCGCUGGAUUAUGAAUUGUUGUAUAAAUAGUUGGCUCC